AUGAGGGGCGCUCCUGCAAUUUGCAAAAAGAAAAACACGUAUUUUAACGAGGAAUACAUUUUGGAAACGACUGGAGCUCAAAGUGUUGCCGUUAUACAAGAUGGAAAUAAAAAAAUUUUCGUCGUGGCACAAAAUUUAGGAAAAAAUAACGUUUAUUCGAAAAUAUUUCUAGAAGAAAAAAAUCAAAUCGAACUUUAUCAACUUUUACCAACGUACGAAGCAUUGAGAGUCAUACCUUUCGAUUUAAAACACGAAACGGAUGUACUUCAUUUUAUCUUUUUUUUAAACAACGUCAAUUCGAGUUCGAUAUAUUGGUGGACCGGAAAAGAAUUUGUUUUGUGGAAAACCUUGGAAAAAUUAUACGGUCAAAGAAUUCUUUACCUCGGUCAAAUAUCAUCUAAUAAUUUUUUUUUCAUAUCCGAUAAGAAAAAAAUUUACGUUUUUUAUCCGACCGUCACGGAUUUCGAAAUAAUGCAAAUAAUAACAUUCGAUCAAGAUGUUAUCGGUAUCGAUUUGAAAAAAGAAAAUGGUAAAAUGCCGGUUUUGGUGGUUUUAACCGGUUCUCACAUGGAUUCGUUUUUUAAAGUCAACAUUAUUUCACUCAAAGUCGUUUACACAUUAAACGAGGAAAAGAAAAAGAGAACGGAUAAACUUCAGGAAUGUUUGAUAGACGUGGAAAAAGAAAUGGAAAAAAGAGAAAUGAAUUUAAAAGAAAUCAUCGAUGGGUACGACGGGAACGUGGAAGAAAAUAAAUUUAUGAAAAAUAUUCUACGUAAUGAUAUGAUACCGGAUAAUUUAGUCGUGGAAUCAUCCGACGUGGAUGAAAUGUUGUUAAAUUUAAAAGGGAAAAUUGAUAAAAUGGAGGGGAAAAUUAUGGAUUUGAAAAAUAAAAAAAAAUAUUUAAAAUCCGAGGGUAAAAUCUCAGGGAAAAAUUAUCACGUUUACGGAGAUUUAAAAAUUAGUCAAAUGCACGUCGAUUCGAUAGAUGUCGAGAUAUUAAACGAUCGACCUAUCGAUUUCGAUAAAGUUUUAUCGUUGAAUAAAGAUCAAAUUCUCGAGGGAAAUGUUUACGUUGAUAAUUUAAAUGUUGAUAACGUUCAAAAUUUCAUAUUGAAAAAUAAAAAAUUACAAAAAAUAUCUGGAGAAUUUACGUUGCAGUCGCUCAAAGCGAACGACGUACAUUUCGGUCCUUCCGGAAGGUUGAACGACAUACCUGGCUCGGAUAUUGUUAUGGAUUCAAAGGUGGAAAAACCAAUCAAAGGAAAGAAAACCUUUUCGAAACUUUACGUACAAGAACUUCAAGUCGAUAAAAUAAACGACGUACCUACAAGCGAAUGGUUGUCGGCCAUCAUGCCAUCAUUCAACGACAUGACAAAUAACGAACCAUUAAAUUUUACAAAUUUAAACGUCGAUAAAUUAUUAGUUUCUUACGUAAAUGGAAUCCCCUGGAAUGAAUUCGUAUCGUCUGCGUAUGUUUCAAACGGAAAUGACGUCAUAAACGGUAAUUUAACGAUAAACGGAAAAGCCGAAACGGAUAAUUUAAAAGUAAAUAAAAUAAACGGCAUUUCCGUCGUCGUGGGCGACGGAGGCGGUAGCGGUGACGACGGGGUCGACGUGGAAGGAGAUAAUGAAAUAAUAGAACCGAAAUUCACUUGUCAACGUGUCGGAGAAAUAAAAGCUCCGAAACAUUUGUCAUCGGAUUUGACUCCAGAUUGGGAUGAUUCAAAAUUAAAAGAAAUAUUAAAUGGUUUAGAAUCGAAAUUCGAAAAUGACGUAGAAUAUUUUCCGGAAACGUAUAAAAUAAAUGGAGAUUUUAACGUCGUACCCGUGGAAUUUACAAAUGAAAUAACCGUCAUAGAUGAUUUGAACGUGGGCAGAAUAAACGGAAAUCCGUUGGAUUCUUACGUUCGGAUAGAUCGACCAAACGAAAUCACAUCGAAAAUAAUAUUUAAACAAGCGGAAAUUAUCGGUGACGUAAUAAUAUCGAAAAAAGCAAAACAAAAUGUUAAUCUUCGAGAAUUAUACGAAACAUCCGGUAAAAUUUUCUCGGAAAAUAUUAUAUCCGGUUUGAAAAAUUUCACCGGAAGUGUCGAAGUUAAAAAUUUACAAGUUAAAAAAAAAAUAAACGGAAUCGAUGCGAACGAAUACGUUAAACGAUACAAUAUGGAAACGUUUAAAGAUUUAGAUGGAAAUUUAACUUUGGAAAAUGGCGUAAAAGUUAAAAUUAUAAACGGAGUUGAUUUUAAUGAAACCGUUUCAAAUAUUUUGACGUGGAACGAUCCAGAAGUUUUGAGCAAAGCCCGCUACGAAUCGCUCAAAGCCGAGGAUGAGUUGUUACGCGGAUUAUUAAAAUAUAACGAUGAUAAUGAUGAUGAUGAAGAAAGCGUUGAUGUAACAGUAAUCGUAGAAGGAAAUUUAAACGUGACGUCAUUAAAUGCGAAAACGGUUAACGAAAUAGAUUUCGAUAAAUUUUUAAACGACGUUUUCAUAGUAAAAAAUGUUCCAAUGCAAGAGGUUAAAGGUGAAAAAAUAUUUACGGAAAAAGUUACGGUGACGGGAGAUUUAAGAGGAACCCUUAACGAUUACAACCUAACGAAUUUCGAUAAAAUAUAUUUAUCUAAAACAAAAUGGCAGAAUAUAAGCGGAACGUUAACGGUUGACGAAUUACAAGGAAAUUACGUGGAAGCAGAUUUAAUAGAUGGAAUCCCAUCAGAGGAAAUAUUAUUUCAAGAUGAUAUCGACGAACAAGUUAUCAAUUCAAACAUUAUUUUUAAUAACAUUGCUGUCGUUGGUGAUAUAAACGCUUUUAAUUUUAUGAACGGUUGCAAUUUGAACAAGGUAACCGACGUGGAUUUGAACAGGAUCGAAGAUUUUGAUAAUUUAGAAGUGAGAGGAAACGUGACGUGGGAAUCGUUUUUAAAUCAAAACGAUAGAAAAGGAAGUUUAAAUUAUUUUAUAGAAAAUGUCGUCACGACGAUUGAUGAUCAAAUCAUUUCCGGUCCUGUUACUUUCGAAAAAGAUGUCGUCAUAAAUAACGUUAACGGAAAAUGGAAUGUAAACGAUGAAAUGGAUUUGAGUUUCAUUGCGAAUGAUGCCAUAUUAAAAACCGGAAAUGAACAGGAAAUAACGGUUCCGGUAACGUUCAAAGGACGCGUCAAGGCCGAAAAUAUCGAAAUAAUGGACAACGUCCUCAUCGAUACCAUUAACGGAGUUGAUGUGACAGAUAUAGGUCAAAGGUUAAUAAGAAAAAGUUCCGAUACUUUUGUCAAAGGACUUAAAAUAUUUCAAAAUGGUUUUUCGACGAAUCAUCUUUAUUCGGACACCAUCAAUGGCGGAAAAGUAAAUCAAAUUGUUUUUUACGACGACGUCAAAGACAACAAAGAACUUUUUUUACCGCCAUCAACAUUUAAAAAUCUAAACAUAUUUAAUAAUUUAACCGUGUCUCGGGUCAACGGUUAUCCGUUAAAUAAAAUAAUCGACGAAAGAUUACCCAAAGCGGAAGGUGGCGGUGAUGAAACAUCGUCAGAAAGUGAAAUUCACGUAACCGGAAGAAAUGCGAUCGUGGACAGGAUAAACGAUAUAAACGUUAAUGAAACGAUUUCGAAACUGGAACAAUCGGAAAAUCCGACGGUUAUUGAAGGACACGUAGAAUUCGAUGGUCCGAUUUUUAUAGACGGAAAAGCGGAAGUUAAUUUUUUAAACGGUAAUAACGUAACGGAACUUUAUGAGAAAUCUAUUUUGGUAGACCAAGAUGUCGUUAUCGAGGGAAACAUCGAAUUUUUAACCGACAUAACAAUCGGAGGAAACAUAGAAGUCAAUUCGACGGUUAACGAUUGCGACGUAAACGAAAUAUUAAACGAAAAUAAAUUUGUCGUCGAAUCGAGGAGUGAUUUAGUAGAAAAUCAAGAAUACAGGAAAUCGCUUUUAGCGGAAGUGAAUUAUUUGAAAAAUAUAACUACGACAAUGAACAAACCCGUCAUAUUCAUGUACCUGGAAGAAGAGGAAAAUCAUUUGAAUCUUCAUUUACCCUCGAUGCACGGUUCGAAUUUAAACGAAUACGAAAAUUACAUAGAAUUUAACAUAUACGGUAUGAAACACGUGAAAUGCGGUCUUCCCAUCGAAUGUUCUUGUCCUUCUCAAACGAAUCUCAUAAUUGAAUCCAUGAAUCCGCCAUCUUUUAAAAUAGAAGCUAAUUCCACGAGAUUUUUCAAAUAUUACGAUAAAGAAUUCAAUAUGGAAGUCGUUGUGACGACGACAACGGUUUCUUACAGUUCCAGGUGUAGAACAACCGACGACGAACUGGACAAAGAACAAACAUCAAUUUCCUGGAGAAAUUUAUUAAGCGAUGAAACAUUUUACGAAGUCAACGUCGAAACUGGGUUUUUAAGCGACGUUAAAUUUUUCAAACUCGGAGAUUCCAUUUACGUCGUUAUGGCAUUUUAUUUUCACCCGUUUAAAAAUCGCAAUGAAAAAAAAUUGUUAAAAAUUGAUGAGAUACCAUCGACUGGAGUUCAAGUUUUGGAAGUUUUUUGGACAAUGAAAGGAAUUAUUCUCGUUGUCGGAAAUUCGUUCGAUUCCGACAGAUUUACUGAUUCUGUUAAUUCUGGAAUUUAUAGGUUCAACGAAUCGAAAAAUAAAUUCGAACUUUUACGUUAUAUAAAAACCCAUGGAAUUUUAUCAAUCAAUAGCAUGAGAUAUAAAAAAACGAGUUUUAUAUUUUUCGUACAAAAACAAUCAUGGCCGCUUUUGAUAUUGAAAUACAAUCAAGAUUACGAUAAUUAUUAUUUUAGUCAAAAACUCGAUACAACGCAAUCGAUUGUCAGAUCGAAUUUCUUAUCGAUUUCCGUUAUUUCAACCGGAAAAGAAAUUUAUCAAGAGCAAAAUAACGUAAGAGUUUUACAUUCGUUUUGGUUCGGGUCCUCACAUUAUCUAUUGGCAGGGUCUUCGUUGGAUAAAUCAAAAAUUUAUAAAUUAAUAGAACAAGGUCGUUAA